AUGGCUAUUCACUUUGUCUACUUCUCUUGAGCUGCUUUCAACAAUUGCAUUAUCAAAAUACGGGAUCACUUUAUCUACACUGCCUUCUGGCCCUUGGCGACGUCAUCCAUCGGUUCUUUGGUUGUGGCUGGAUGUGGACUGCUGGCUGGAUUACUCUACCGGUACACUUUCAUUCAAAGGAUCAACCUGAUUCCAUUAUCAGUCUCGAGAGUGUUAAGUCGGAUACUUAGUCCAAUAUUCGCCUCCAGUGAACCUAAAGAUAACCAAACUCCAAUCGGUGCUACUUUGGAGAUUCAGAGACAGCAAGCUCUUGAUCAAAAACUUCGGAUUGAAGAAUUAUUAACAGUAGGCAACUCACUCAAUCAGAAUACAUUCUAA